UUUAGUAAACUGGUGACCAGAGUUGUAAGCUGCUCGUUAAAUUAAAGAGUUUAGUGAUAUUAAAUUAUUUUAGUCUAAAAUUAAUCAAAAUGGCAUUUAUCCCGAUAGUGUGUCGUGAAAACCAUUGGGCUCCACAUUGCCCUCGUCGUCAAGUUGCAGUGCCUAAUCGAAAAUUUGUUGAAGACAUCACCCAAGACGUCCUGAAUUCAAUUGCUCUAGCCCAGGCUUUAUUUGACCCAGAACAAGAUACAGGUGUAAUGAGACAGAAUUCUAAAAUACUCAAUCAACCCAGAUCAUCUGUUACAAUUGACGAACAUAAAUUCCAAGCCAAUUUCGAUGUACAGCAUUUCAAACCUGAAGAAAUUACUGUCAAAGUAAAUGGUGACAGAUCGAUUACUAUUGAAGCCGAACAUGAAGAGAAACAAGAUGAGCAUGGUGCAGUUUACAGGCACUUUGUUAGAAAGUAUAAGUUGCCAGAAAAUUGCAAUAUAGAACAGGUAGAUUCCAAAUUGUCAUCUGAUGGUGUCUUAAGUAUUACAGCUCCUAUCUUUGGACAGAAAUCUUCCAGUCAUAGAACCAUUCCUAUUAUUCAAACUGGGAAGCCAAUUAAGGCAGCAGAACAACCUGUAGAACAGAAAUCAGAUUGAAGAGUAGGUUAAUAUUAUUUAAAAUAUUUUACAGCAAAUGUUUUUUAAUUUCAAGACUGAUUUUUGAAUGUAUUAUUAAUUCCGUUUUUUGUAUUGUAUCAUAUUUUUUUAUUUAAAUAAAUACAUUUAUGAAUUAAUAG